AUAACAAUCCCCAGAAAAAAAAAACAGAGCCCCAAAAUCAAAAACCCUAAGUAAACCUACUCUCUCUCUCUCCCUCCCUCGAAUUUUAAAACAGACUCGAAAUUUGACUACUAGGGUUUUUGUGGAUCUAGAUAAUGGCAACAGCAGAGAAGAGAAAACCUGUGUUCGUAAAGGUGGAAGAGCUAAAACCAGGGACUACUGGUCACAAUCUCACUGUUAAGGUUCUUAAUUCCAAGGCUGUCCCUGUUCCUAAACCUCGUCGCGCUCCCAUGUCUCUCUCUGUCCGCCCUGCCCGUCCUGCCCGUAUUUCUGAGUGCCUUGUUGGUGAUGAAACUGCUUCUAUCGUCUUCACUGCCCGUAAUGAACAAGUUGACCUCAUGAACCCUGGCGCCACUGUUAUUCUGCGAAAUGCGAAGAUUGACAUGUUCAAGGGGUCUAUGAGGCUUGCAGUAGACAAAUGGGGACGCAUUGAAGCAACUGAACCUGCGGAUUUUGUAGUUCAAGAAACUAACAAUCUUUCUCUGGUUGAGUAUGAACUAGUUACUGUUCAAGGAUGAAUUUUUUAGCAUAUGCUUAGGAAGUGAAUAUUUGGAAAUUUACUGAAAAGACAUUACCUUGUUUCCUUUUUGUGAGCUGUUUUGACUCGGAGACAGCCUAUUUCUUUUAGCCCAGUACAAAAUUUUUGAUUAAGAUGUAAUUUUAAAAUUCUGCUAUGGGAAUUUUAGUUGAUAUUUA